AUAAGAACUAGGAUUGGUCGGAAUUGAGUCACAAGACUUGGCUGAAAAAACUACAGUACACUGUUGAGGUCCACACAAUCUGAGUCUGCGCUUCGCGAAAAUGAGUGAAUCAUUGGUUGUGUGUGAUGUUGAUGAGGAUCUAGUGAAAAAACUGCGGGAGUUUCGUUUCCGAAAGGAGACCAACAAUGCCGCCAUUAUCAUGAAGAUUGACAAGGACCGACAGCUGGUAAUCCUUGAUGAGGAACAUGAGGACAUUUCUCCUGAUGACUUGAAGGAUGAACUCCCAGAAAGACAACCAAGAUUUGUGGUCUACAGUUAUAAGUAUGUGCACGAUGACGGACGGGUGUCCUACCCUCUCUGCUUCAUCUUUUCAAGUCCUGUUGGUUGCAAACCAGAACAACAAAUGAUGUAUGCUGGGAGCAAAAACAAACUGGUUCAAACUGUAGAAUUAACUAAGGUGUUUGAGAUCAGGAACACCGAGGACCUGACUGAGGAGUGGCUGAGGGAGAAGCUGGGAUUUUUCCGCUAGCCGCUCUCGACCGCCCCCACCCCACAGCAUCGGAGGAGAGGACGAGCGAGGGCGACGCACGUUACUCAAGGGGAGAACAAAUCCUAAUCCAUUUUCUUUACCACGGUUAACUAUCUGCUCUGUCUUAACCUCCAGCACCCUCCCUAAAUCCAAAGUCUUAACAUUCACCAACCCAGUGUAGAUCUGAUAUAUGUGUACACCGAACCCAAAUACAUCAAAAAGGCAAAGAUGAAACAUGAGAGUUGAAAACCUCUUCAGAAACAGACAUUUGAUUCCAAACAAAACUAACUCUCUAAUUUUUGUGAUUGUCUAGUAUUGAUUCAACACUGCCAUUUACCUCACUACGAUCUGCCAUUCAGUUAUUUGACAGUUCUAUCCAACACACUAAUCCGGAAAAAGUGGACCCAUAAAAAUGCGGAACCAUGUUUAAAACACAGACAUACAGUUAAAAGUGAAUACACUACAGACAAACCUGGACAGACAGUCCAGGUUCUUUUGUUUUGAUGUGGAAAAGGGCAUUGAGAUGUCUGUGAUUUAUCUGACCAAUGACAAGUGAAACACUAAGUACUCACAAAAAAUAACUUCUGCACCACACGACCCACUGUUGCAGAAGACGAUGACCAUGUUUAGGUGGUUAUGGGUUCAGACAGUGUUUCCUGUCGUGAUACAAUAAUUGUUCUAAAUGGACUACAAUUGUGACCAAAUAUUUGUCCAUCCUUUUUUAUUGAUAGAGGGGCCCAGCUAUGUUACUUUAUCCAAGUAAGCAGGUUGGGUUCAAGGAAAGAGAGAGUGAUAGCAUAAACACCAUUGGGAGAGCAUUUGGGGUUUUCUAUAAUGUGACCAUGUUUAAAUGUAACACACUUGAUAUCCAGCAAGCAGAUCUUUUAUUCUGUUCUCCAAACUACCUUUCAAGCAUAGAGCUGUGAAAACUAGAGUUGCACCCCACUGGAGUUGCUCUUAGAGCACUCUGUCACUCCAUGGUGCAUUGUGGGCGUGUCCGUCUGGGGUGUGCACUGUAUUGGUUCAUCUCUCUCUCUUUGAAGAGGUCAGUAUGUAUAAACGGACUCGUUUGUAACUCAUUAAUAUUUUCUCUCUUACUAAACAACUGCGAGACUGAAAGUAAUAAUAAAAAAACCAACAACGAAUGUCUCACAACCUGCUUGGAUUAAUGCUGAAUUUUUAUAUAUUUACACUAAACAACAGAAUCUUCUAAGAAUGCAUUAAACACUGGAUUAGUUUGGAAUGUUUACAGAAAACUAUGAAAAGCUAAUCUAAGAAUUUGUUUUGAAGGUCUGAGUUCAUGCUAAAAUAUUAACACAUUUAUACCUCCUCAAAACUCAGUAUAUUGUGUUCUGUGUUGUAUGUCUGAUGAUGGCACAUGCACAUUGCAGAGUUUUUUUUGGGACAUAACUUGUUUUUGUAUCUAACUUGAAUGAGAUGGUUAGAGUGAUAGGAAGGUUAUUCAUUUUGUUUCAAACCAACUUGACUUGAGUGUGUCUUAAAAAAAUGUAACCAAUGUUUGGUUUUUGGUCCAACUUGCUUGGAAAUCGAUUAAUUAGAGGUUUCAUUUAUAAAUUGUUUGAUACAUUGGUUCUCAUUGACAUGCCCCAAAUGUGGCAGAUAUUGUUGAAUAUAUUAAAUUACAAUUUUACAUGAACGCACAUUUUUGAUGUUCCAGUUCUCUAAUAACUCAACAGAUAUCAGGUGUCUUCAGGUGGUUGCAGCAGUGUAUUGGGGUGUUGCAUAAGACCGCAUUUGUGUGUGUGUGUGUGUGUGUGUGUGUGUGUGUGUGUGUGUGUGUGUGUGUGUGUGUGUGUGUGUGUGUGUGUGUGUGUGUGUGUGUGUGUGUGUGUGUGUGUGUGUGUGUGUGUGUGUGUGUGUGUGUGUGUGUGUGUGUGUGUGUGUGUGUGUGUGUGUGUGUGUGUGUGAUGCAGAGAUGGCAUUAGGGAUAAUGUGUUCCGCUGUGUCCUUUUGAAAACUGUCACAUUUCAUAACAGAAAAUCUCUGCGCUGUCCAAACACAAUGUUGUGGACACUGAUACAUGGCAAGUAAUGGAUUGACAAGUAAUGGAUUGGUGUGUGUGUGUGUGUGUGUGUGUUUUUUUUUUUUUUUAGUAUGUGCAGCAAUUAGCAUUGACACCUUUAGGUUGUGCAAUACGAGCAUCUCCACCAAUCACAGGUAACAUUACUGUAUUUGUGUUGCUAACUUCCAGUGGCUCUCUCAAAGCAAGGCAAACGGGGCAGAGGAGAGACAACUCUUGAGUGUAGUUAGUGGCCAAGUCUAACAUGCUGCUGUCGUGUGGGUGUGUAUGUGUGGAACUGUGUAAUUGAAUGUUAUUGUAGUGAAAAGAUGCUGAAAUGUCCAUCCCAAACCUUGGUUUGCCACUGGGUGUGUUAAUCUCAGUAAUUGCUGUCGAAAACCCCUACAGCCAUACAUUAACUGCUAAAUUUCAGUUUUACUUUUUUUUUUAAGUCAGAUUUAAAUAUCUGCUAUUUUGUUUUCUCUUAGGGGCAGAUAGACAUCAUGUUUUGUGUAGAUUCUGUACAAUUACCUAGAUGAGUAAUCUAGUCAGUUUCAGGGUAAUAUUGAUUUGAUUGAGUUUCAUGUAUUGAUUAAUUGUUCUGUUUGGUUAGACUUUCCAAAAACUUUCCAAAAUUACCAUAAUGACCACUACAAUAAGAAUUGAUAUUUUUCUCAAUUUCUCAUUUGAACUUUCUCUCUGAGCAAAUGCAUGCAACAAUUGUCUGCAUACAAAAAAAAUAAUCUUGCUUUCAUUAUGAUGAGUUAUUUGUCACAGGUUAAACACAGUAAUGUUAUAAUCACCCAUGGUUCUCUAAGUACCCUUGUGAAUUCUGAUGCUGCUGUUUACCACUGCUAUCCCACACAGCCAUUGAAAACACUGUACAAAUAUACAGUAUGUGCAUGCAUUUCUUAGUGUGCUCGUCUUGAGGUUGCCGAUGUCAAUAUAAACACCCAGAAGCACAAUUUCACUUUGUUUUUCAGUGUGAACAUAAACAUAAGGAAGUAACCAGAGUGAUACACUGCAUACUGCAAGCAAUGAAUUGUAGUUAUGACACCACCUCAAGGACUGAGGUGGUCACUAAAAAGGAUUAGGGAAAUCCACAUGGAUAGCAUUAGAAUAUACUGUAAACUGUGAAGGCAGAUUUCAAGUAAAGACUUGGGGUUGGGUAGCAUUCAAUUCACUGACCAGAACAUGACAGUUCUAGACACUCUGUGAAAGUGAUUUAUCUUUUCUAAUCAUGAGAGAUAUUUGGUGAAUCUAGUUAGUAAAUUCACCUCUGUAGCCUGCCCUGAGGUAAAAUAUUAUUUUCCUUUUUAUGUUUUUGGAAAGAUUGCAAGUAUACUCAAGUAUUCAAGAUCAUUAUUAUUAUUAUUUCAUUAAUUAGCUUUUCCAAAAUGGUUCCCCGUCAGGAUUGCUGUCUCCUUGUCCCACACCGUGCUGAAUAGCUUUCUCUGUGUCCUACUCCCCCACUCACCCCAACCUGUGAUGAUUUGUCUCCAUAUGUGGCCUAUUUUACAUGAUAUAUGAUGGACGUGUACUUUUUUUACUUUAACACACUGCUGUUUGAGAUCAAGUGCUUAUUUGUAUUUUCUAUAUAAAAAAAGCAACAAUACAGUGUUUUGUGUCAUGUAGAACAUUGUUCCUCGCCCAGUGCAGUCUGUGAUGAUGAUGAUGUAUUUGAGAUGUCUGUAUUUUUCCAUAAUUUAUACAGUGUCUCAACAGUGUAAUCCCAAUAAAACAGAAGCAUUGUCUAUUCA